GGAUAUAAAAAUAUAGGAACCGUUCGAGUAUUUGAGGGUAUUGGUCCGGUUCCGGUUUCGGGAUUUCGGUUCGGUUCUUCGGUUCCGGUUAUUUUGCCCAGGCCUAGUUUAAUACAUGGAACGAGUCUAUGUAACAAUCUGAAUCCAAGUUUUAUGUUCUCUAUCAAUAUUUAGCUCUUUGAUUCCAUGUCCUUUCUCAGUUCUCAUGGUAUUGUGAACUGUGCAGGGCGGAUACUAACGGGCUGGAAGCCUAAGUUCGGUCCAUAAUAUUAGACCCAUUAAACCAUAGAAAAUGAGUGAUGACGUGUCAACAAAAUUUCUAUCAUCACCAGAAAAAGGCACCACCUAAUAUUCUUUUCCGCCGAGAACGAUGGUAGUAGUGAGAGCAGUGACAUAGAUGAAAGCUUAAAGCUUGACGCUUGAGAAGGCUUUCUAAUUGAAACUCAGUAAAAAUGCGUGGCCUUGAUCGAUGUCUUGCUGACGCAAUCAGAUCAGAAUCAUUAGAUCACGGAGGAUCGUUUCUCGACAAUUAUGUUCCUUCCUCGUCUGUCUCUUUUGUUCUCUGUAAGAACUGCACAGUCCGUUCAAUGUGUUUUGUCGGAAAGUCGAGUUUUUUGAAGUUUAGGAGACGAGACAGGACCAAAGGAGCUAUAUUUUUGUCAGUCAGUUUAUCUAUUAAGGAAGAAGAAAGUGAAGGGUAUAAUGGUCAAAACGGUUGUCAAUCUCUUCAGUUGAAAGACUCUGUGUUGAUCCAAGAAGCUGGUGGGAACAAGAUUAGCGUUAAGGAGAAUGGAUCAGGAGCUGCUCUCUACACCACCAAGCAUCUAUGGGCUGGAGCUUUUGCAGCCAUGGUUUCAAGAACUUGCAUUGCACCACUAGAGUGGAUGAAGCUAGAGUACAUAGUCCGUAGAGAGCAAAGAAACCUUCUUGGACUCAUUCAAAGAAUCGCGACAACCGAAGGCAUUAGAGGAUUCUGGAAAGGGAACUUGGUUAACAUUCUCAGAACCGCUCCUUUCAAGUCCAUCAACUUCUAUGCAUACGAUACAUAUAGAGGCCACCUUCUGAAGCUCUCCGGGAACGAAGAAACCACUAACUUCGAGAGGUUUAUCGCCGGUGCAGCCGCCAGAGUAACAGCUAGCUUGCUUUGUCUACCGCUAGACACCGUGAGAACGGUUAUGGUUGCACCUGGCGGGGAGGCGUUAGGCGGUGUGGUCGGCGCGUUCCGCCACAUGGUUCAGACAGAAGGUUUCUUCUCGUUAGGCCUUGUGCCUUCGCUUGUGAGCAUGGCUCCUGCGGGAGCUGUGUUCUACGGCGUCUAUGACAUUCUGAAGUCAGCUUACCUUCAUACGCCGGAAGGUAAGAAGUGGCUUGAACACGUGAGACAAGAAGGCGAUGAGCUGAAUGCUUUUGAUCAGCUCGAGCUCGGUCCUUUGAGGACUUUGCUGUACGGAGCAAUCGCUGGGGCGUGCUCGGCGGCGAGUUAUCCGUUUGAAGUUGUGAGAAGGCAUUUGCAAAUGCAGUCGCAUUAGGGGAGGUUGAGCGCUGUGGCUACUUGUGUGAAGAUUGUUGAACAUGGUGGUGUUCCUGCUCUAUAUGCUGGCUUGAUUCCCAGCUUAUUGCAGGUUUUGCCUUCAGCAGCGAUUAGUUACUUUGUGUAUGAGUUCAUGAAAGUUGUCAUGAAGGUGGAAUCAACACAAUAGGUGGUCUUAUGGCUUCAAGUUACUUCUGAGGAGAUUUUUUUUGUUUUGGGUUUUUACUCUGAAUCUGAAGCUUUGUACUUUUACUUGGGCAUAUUGUUUGUGAAAACCACUUGUUACAAAAAAAAAAAAAAAGUUCAAAAAAUCUUAUGAUGUAACUUAGGCGCUUCAUUAUUGUUU